AUGGCCAUUCUUCUACUCUCCCUCCCUCCCCACCCACCAAUUCCUCCCAAAAACCCUAAACCCACCGCCCCAAAAGUCACUCCACCACAGCCUACGAUCGCUCUCACCGACUCUACCACCUCCAAAAGACGCUUCAUCCUCAAAAGCACUUCCCUUUUUCUCAUUUCCUUGACCCCUCAGCAAUACCCAGUUGCCCAUUCUUCACCAGAAGCUUCAGCGCCUCCAAGACCAUCCCUUUCCGGCAUCGCUAACACGAAAUCUUGGUUCCAGUUCUUCGGUGAUGGGUUUGCCAUUAGGGUCCCUCCUCAGUUUCAGGAUGUUUCGGAGCCUGAGGAUUACAAUACUGGAUUGUCCCUUUAUGGAGAUAAGGUAAAGCCCAAGACCUUUGCCGCACGUUUUGCAUCUCCUGAUGGAUAUGAGGUUGUGAGUGUUGUUAUUCGCCCAUCCAAUUCACUCAAGAUAACCUUUUUAGAGGCCAAAGACAUAACAGAUUUAGGUUCCUUGAAGGAGGCAGCAAAAAUCUUCAUUCCAGUUGGAUCAACUGUAUACUCUGCUCGAACUAUAAAGAUAAAGGAAGAAGAAGGUUUCAGGACUUACUAUUUCUACGAGUUUGGUAUACAAGAACAGCAUGCAGCACUUGUAGCUGCUGUUAACGGUGGAAAGACAUACAUUGCUGGAGCAACUGCCCCGCAGUCGAAGUGGAACGAUGACGGCGUGAAGCUUCGGUCUGCUGCCAUAUCCAUGACUGUUCUAUAG